GUUAGGUUUACAAACCCUGCGAAGAUGGCGACUACAGGGAGGAGUGCAUUAUUAUCCUCCACAUCAGCUGGACCUAAGAGCACACUGGAGAGCUCCAACCCAGAGGAAGAAGACGGACAGAACCUAUGGUCCACCAUCCUGAGUGAAGUUUCUACCCAUUCAAGAUCCAAACUACCGUCUGGGAAAAAUGUCCUGGUCAUGGGUGAGGUGGGCUCAGGGAAGACUACCUUGGUUGCAAAACUACAAGGUAUUGAGGAUUACAUGAAAGGUCGUGGCCUGGAAUACCUCUACUUCAGCGUCCAUGAUGAUGAUAUUGAUGAUUACACACGGUGCAAUGCCUGGGUCUUGGACGGAGACCUUUACCACAAAGGUCUGCAGGGAGUAGCUGUGCCAGUGAGUUCGAUUGAAGACACUUUGCUGCUGAUAACUGUUGACAUGUCACGGCCGUGGAACGCCCUGGACUCCCUUCAGAAGUGGGCUGCCGUUGCUAGGGAACACAUCGACAAACUCCGAGUUGCUCCAGAAAAGCUGCGGGAGCUGGAGCACAAAAUCGUAAAACUGUUUCAGGAGUACACAGAACCAGGCAGCGGAGAGGACGGCACGCCGCAGAGGAGGAGUGAUGAAGAGGAGGGUGUGCUUCUGCCAUUAGGGGAUAACACAUUGACACACAACUUAGGAAUACCGGUGGUGGUGGUCUGCACAAAGUGUGAUGCUAUCAGCACUCUGGAGAAGGAGCACGACUACAGAGACGAACACUUGGACUUCAUCCAGUCCCACAUCAGACAUUUCUGUCUGCAGUACGGCGCCUCUUUGCUUUACACGUCAGUGAAGGAGAUGAAGAACCUAGACAUCCUUUACAAAUAUCUUGUUCACAGACUCUAUGGCUUUCCCUUCCACUGCCCGGCGCAGGUGGUGGAGAAAGACGCCGUCUUCAUUCCGUCAGGUUGGGAUAAUGAGAAAAAGAUCGCCAUCCUUCAUGAGAACUUCCAGACGCUGAAAGCAGACGACAGCUUUGAGGAUGUAGUAGUCAAACCGCCUGUUAGAAAGAUUGUCCAUGAAAAGGAGAUUCAGGCGGAAGAUGACCAAGUGUUUCUGGUAAAGCUUCAGUCGCUGCUUGCCAAACAGCCCGCUGUGACACCAGGGCGACCAGUGGACACCACUAGCAGGGCACCCACUGGCUCCCCAAGAACAAGCAAUCGCUCGGCGGCGGCCAACGUUGCGAACGCCAUGCCGCAGUCAGGUCAGACAAGUGAGGGCGUGCUGGCCAAUUUCUUCAACAGUCUACUGACAAAGAAAGCCGGGACAGGAGGGCCUGGGACACCAGGUGGUAACAACACUCCAGGAACUGUACGGAAGUCAGGCUCAAAGCUGGGAUUGAGCGACGUCCAGGCAGAGCUGGAUCGCAUAGCCAAUCGGGAAACGGACUCAGACUUGUCCAAUGCCAACGACGCCACCGAUGGCCAGGACACAUGAAGAGCAACGCACUUCACCCCUGCUCUCCUUCUAUUCUCUCCUCUGCACCUCCAUCCACCUCCCUUUUCCCCCUACACCAUCACCCUCCUCUUCAUCAGAAAGAUUUGGGGGCGGGGGGAUCGGACGAGCGGACAGAUACAGUCCUUCUUAUCACUUUCUUCUCAAAGAGAAGAACUCGCCAUCUCUUCCCCCUUACGUCUCCCCUCACCAACACCUCGUUCCCACCCUCUUUGUUUUUUUGUGUUUUUUUGGUUCCGUCUUCUCAGCUGUUACACCAAGGACAAGUUUGUGUCACUGUUACAUACUGUGGGGAAAGCAGCAGGGGGGACCAGCUGGGGUGAAAGGGGGCGGUUGGAAAAAAUGCAAGAAUGAAAGUAAGGGUAUUUUAUCCAUCCAUUUAUUGCGAUGGUACGGUUAAUGUUUUUACGGAAUAAAUGCUGAUGGUGAGACUGCACUUGGGUAAAAUAGGAGCGAUUGUGUGUUUAUUGGACAAGAGGCAACAGAUGGAACAAAAAAAAAUAAAUAUCUGCAAGCUAUCUUUUUUUUUUUUUUUUAUGAAGGGAAAACAUACCAGUAUUUGUAUGUGUGUGUGUGUGUGUGUGUUUGUAUGAAUAAAUGUUUGAAUUAAGAAUAUAAGAAUGGGAUCGAUAGAGGAUAAUUAGAAAAGUUUCACUCACAAACCAUUCUGUUAAGAGGCUUUUGGUCUGAACACUACCAGAUGAGAAAAGUCAACUACCUUCUCGAUACACUACCAUUACACCAGCUGCAUCUGUUACACCCCGAACUUUAUGGAAAUAUAAAAAAAAUAAAAAAACUUUGGUACUGAAACACUACGGUUUCUUGUUCUAUAAUAAGCAAAAUGACCCGGUGAGGUGCUUGUAGAUAAGACAUAAGCACUUGCAAAUGUAA